UGAAUUCAUUCAUUACACCACACGUUUCCUUUUGCACAGGGAGUUUUCUUUUUUCCCUACUUACACACACCCACACACACAUUUUCGUUUCGUUUGCACCUUUUGUGCAUUGAAUUCUGCAAUUUCUUUGGCCAACACAAAAAUGUCCGCCCGAAAGCGCAGCGGUUCUCGACCUCGAGCUACCAAAGAAGCCCUAGUGGAGCCCGAGUUGCCAUUGGAAGAACUGUUUGCGGACAAUGUGGACGUCGCACAGAUCGAUCUCCUGGAAGACCUGAAUGAGGACUUCUUUAGCACAUCCUAUCAGCUGGUGCAGCAUCUGUCCACACGAGAUAACUUUGUGGCGGGCAAGAUCAAGCAAUAUGUGGAUAUUCUGCACCGCAUCCAUGCCCGGUAUGCCAGUGAGGUGGAAAGCGGCGUGGUCAUGCGGCAGAAGGUGGCGAAUGCAGACGAGAAGCUGGAUCUGGCCCUGAAGGCAACGGCCAUCUCGGAGUCGAUGAUGGAGAAGCUGCGUGAGGCUCUGACCGACUCCUGGCGCACCACAGACGCGGUGAAGCAUCGGGAGGCGCUCAUGCAGGGCCAACUGUUGACGCUGGCAAAGAGUGGGCCACGGCACACAAAGAGCGACACGCAGGAUGAUCAUAUCAGUCAGCAGGAGACGCGCAUACGUGGCAUGGUCUACAGGGAACGCGAUCGUGUGGCUGGGGAGCUGAAAGACUAUCAGAAGCGACUGGAGCUGAAUCGCAUCUACUCGGAGACACUGGACUCGGUAAUUCAGUCGCUGCGCGAGACCAUCUCUGGGCAGCAGAUGCGCCUCAAGGUGCUGGAGGCCGAGGGCUACAAGGCGCAGCACAAGCAUCGCAAGGACAUCGAGAUCUACGAGGAGAGAGUCAUGUUAAUGCGCAAGGAGCUGGAUGCAGCCCAGCAGAGUCUACGCGCAUUGCAGCUGAGCGAAAAGGAAAAGCUCGAAGUGAUGGCCAUGAACGAGAGACUCAAGCUGGCCAAUGAGCAUCUCUCCCGCGAAAACUACACCGUGUCCAGGACAUUCCAUCACAAGCAGGAGGAAAAAAAUCGAUUGGUGUUGAACCUCAAGAUCUCCGAGGACAUGAACAGUGCGCUGCGUCGGGACAACGACGAUUUGGAGGCCUAUCGGCGCAACAUUGAUCGCGAACUGAAGAAGAAAGUCGAUGAUGCGGUGCUGCUGGAACGUCGCUUCAUUCAGCUGUCCAAAAAGAACUCCGACUUGAGUGAUCAGAUUAUAGUUAAGGACAACGAGAUCAAAGCUCUGGAGAAGAAGCAGGCAAUGACCAUGGUCAAGCUGGAAGAGGUCACACACCAGAAGGAUGACAUCGUGCGCACACGCGGUAAGCUGCAACUGGAGAUUGUUCGUGUUAAUGAUGUGGCUGCGGGUCUACGGCAUGGCAUGGCCGCUCUGCGCACUCAAAUUCAAGAUGUGAACGUGGAUCUCACGCGGGUCAACAAGAAGCUGGACGAGAAGGAGCUAGACGUGCAGAGGAUUGCCAGGGAGAAGCGAGAAGUCGCUGUGGAGCUCAAUGAAGCGCACAAGAAGAUCGAGAAAAUAGAAGAGUCACUGCAGAUCAAAACCGAGCGACUGGAGCUGAUCCAGGAGGAGCUGCAGCGCAAGCAUCAGGACUUCAUGAAUGCCAAGAAGCAAAUGGAGAUUGCACACUCGGAGCGUGUGAUGCUGCUCAAAACGAUGGAUCUGUGCUCGCGCGAUCGUCAGAUAUUGCAGAGCACUGUGACCCGGCUGACGCAUCAGAUCAAUCAGCUAUCCAGCACGGUGGCCAUGAACGAGAAGGACAUCUCCGCGCUGCACAAGGACAUUGAUCAGCUGAACAGCACCAUCAAGCAGAAGCAGAACGAGAUCCACGCAAAGGAGCGGCUGCUGGCCAGCACGCGCGAUGAUCUGCGCGAGAUGAAGAUCCGUUUCGAGCAGUCACAGCACACGAUCGAUGAGGAUGAGAAGCGCUUCAAGCAGAUCUCCUGCACGCUGGAGGAGGUGUCCAAGGAGAAGAGCCUCGUGGGUCUGCAGAUGGUGCGACGCAACGACGAGGUGCGGCUGCUGCGCGAGAAGGAGGCCAUCAUGCAGACGGCCCUCGACCGAGGCACAUCGCAGUACAAUCAGCGGCUGGAGGACAUUCGUCUGCUCAAAAUGGAGAUCGUCAACGUGCGCAUGUCCCACCAGUGCAUGCAGCGGGAGGUGGGCAACAGGGCCACCAUGCGCCAGGAUGUGGUGCGACUGGAGCGGCAGCUGCUGCAGGAGCGUCUGCGCAUCUCGGCCUGCACAGCGGAAAUGGCCAUUCCGCUGCGCAUCCAUCGCUGGCGCGUGAUGAUCGGCAAGGAUCCCCGCCGCUACGAGCUCAUACGCAAGAUCCAGGCGCUGCUCAAGCGCAACAUUCGCCUCAAUGUGCAGCUGCAGAAUAUGUCCAAGCAGCUGCAGAAUUCGGUGCGGCUGUACGACACGCUCAAGGCGCGCAUCAAGCAUCUGCCCGAUCCCAGUGUACGGGAGAAGCUCUCCACGCAGCAGCGCAUCAAUCGAAGGCAGCAGAACAAGCUGCGCGCCUUCAAGGCCGAGCUGAUCAUCAACGAGAUUGAUCUGAAGAGUCGCGACUGUCUGCUCAAGGAGUGCCAGAGGCAACAGCAGCCCAACCAGAGUGAGGCAAACAUUGCAGCGGAGCACAAGCGGCGCUUGGACAAGUACACGGAGCAGUAUUACCACGAGAACUCCUCCGCCUCCGGCUAUGGCUUCUGCAAGAAGAGGAAAGUGAGUCAGAGUGCCUGA